AUGCGCCCACUAACGGCAGCACUCAGCACGCCGUCUCCAGUUCUCUCCGUUCUCCAGCAAACACGUCAUACCACCUAUGGACAAGAAUAUCAACCAUCGCAGCGCAAGCGCAAGCGCAGACACGGUUUCCUUGCGAGGAUGCGGUCCCGUAGCGGACGCAAAAUCUUGGCCAGGCGUAGGGCAAAGGGGAGACGAUUCCUGUCGCAUUGA